AUGGAGUCUGUAAGACUAAUGAUGUCCACAACAAAGUACACAGUGGUUGGAGAGAUGCUACACUAUAUGAUCCCCACCCACAUGCAGUGCUCCAUCGGGUGUGGAGGCCGAGCCUGCAAGUACGAAGACCCGUCACGUUGGAGUGAAGACCAACAGGCCAUCAGAGGCCUCUACUCCUCCUGGAUCACAGACAACUUACUCGCCAUGGCACGACCUUCUACUGAAAUCAUUAAGAGGUACAACAUCAUUGAGCAAUUCCAAAGGGUUGGGUUGAGGACAGUCAUUAACCUGCAGCGACCUGGUGAACAUGCUGACUGUGGAAACCCGCUAGAGCCCGAGAGUGGCUUCACCUACCUGCCUGAGACCUUCAUGGAGGCUGGCAUUUAUUUUUACAACUUUGGAUGGAAAGACUACGGGGUGGCCUCCCUCACUGCCCUCCUGGACAUGGUGAAAGUCAUGUGCUUUGCCAUGCAUGAGGGCAAAAUCGCUGUUCACUGUCACGCAGGACUCGGAAGAUCAGGUGUCUUACUCGCCUGCUUCCUGGUGUUCACUUCACGCAUGACCGCCAACCAGGCCAUUUUAAUGGUGCGAUCCAAACGACCGAAUACCCUCCAGACCAGAAGACAACUGGGGUGUGUUCGGAACUUCGCAAAGUUCUUGAUUCCGCUGAGGAGUGUGUUUGCCCACGCUGACCCGAGAGCCAAUCCCGUCACGCUUCCCCAGUUCCUGAUUCGUCAGAAACACAUCCUGCACGGAGAUGAAGCUCGGCAGUUGAGAUACAUACCAAAAAUUGUGCCACUCGUCUGCAAGCUCUUGCUGGACAUUGUAGAGAACCGGCAGGUCAUUGAGGAGGAUGUUCUAGAGGUUCCAGAUGUCGUGUAUGAUGAUGAGAACUCAGUUUGCUUUAAUACCAGAUCAGAACCUCAGAUCAGCAGUCACAUCAUGGUAGGAUCUGUUAAUUUCAAUCUGCCUCGACUUCCUGGUCCAUUUGCGACUCCUAAGCACAGCUCCCAGGUGCUUCUUCACUACGUUCACAAGAACCUCAGCUACAGUGAAUCGGAUCUUCAGAAACACUGUGAUACACUAAACCUCACAAGAAACCACUGUGUGAGGGCUGUGUCUCAAAUCAACAUGUCCCACAACUACCCUGAUGCCCCUGAGGGCAUACUGAGAGAUGUAUCCACCUACGGUUCCUGCAGCAGCUUGUGGGAUCUAAAGGCACGAGUGGAACAAGAACAGGUACGUUCUCUUCUGAGCACUCGCCGUCAGUCGGUUCUGCAGCGCAGCCAGUCCCUCAGUGUCUCCAAACAAACUGAGAAAAAGAGGAGCUUCUCGAAGGCACUCCUGUGGAAGAACAGUCAUGAAUGGAAUCAAAGGAACUAUAAAGGAGGUGAUGAUGAUGAUGAUGAUGUGGAGGAGGAGGAGGAGGAGGAGGAGGAGGAGGAAGAGGAGGUUCAGGUAUCAGAGGUACCGUUCCUCACCAUUCAGACAGAGCUGUCGCUGGAGGCUCGGCGUCUGCUGGUUGCUCAGUCACUCGCACUCGACCUGAAGCUUGACGGAAAAGAGGAGCAUGUCCACAAAGUCAGCAGCUGGCAGAUGAAUCUGAACACUCAGGGAGGAUUUGAUCGUCUGUGUUCAGAGAGAGAUCCCUUCGUCCUGACAGGAAUCCUGUGGUCCUGGUUAGAGCAGCUGAAGGAACCCGUUAUUUCACUUACAGACGUUCAGACACUGAAACAGCAAAACACAGACACAAAGAACAUCCUGAGUCCACUGCAGCAGGACUCGAGGGAAACGCUGCUGUGUGUGUUGGACUGUUUCGCUUGUCUGCUGGUGAUACCUGAGGAGGUGGAGGAGUCGUUUGUGGAGAGACUAAUAAAGGCCUUCACACAGAUGGAGAACACUGGUGAAGGUCAGGAUGUCUAUGAGACAAUGACAUGUGUCCUGAAGCCUGUUUUACGGGAACUGAGGAGGAACGCCAUGGACAAGAAGGACUCAGCGGGGUGUUAGUUAUGAACUGGG